UGAAAAUAUUUCAUUUAUCCCUGGGGGACCGAUAAGGAUAAAGGAGCUGACUCAAUAAGAUAUGAGUGAGAUAGAAGUAGAAAAGAAGAAAGUCGCUCUUGCAACUGCAGCAGUAGCAGCUGCUUCAGCCUCAGUAAGUAAUAAGAAUGAGACAAAGCCCCAAACUAAUCUUCAAAAAGUUUCCCUUUUAGGAGGAUUUCUUGCUGGAGGUAUAGCAGCAUGUGGAGCUGUAACGUUUACAAAUCCUAUUGAGUUGGUAAAGACUCGAAUGCAAUUACAAGGUGAAUUAGUUAAGAAAUCCAGUGGGGAAGCAGUAUUAUAUCGGAAUCCAUUUCAAGCAUUUGCAUUUAUUUUUAAGAAUGAAGGGAUUCGAGGUUUACAACAAGGAUUGAUGUGUGGAUACUUUUAUCAAUUAGGAUUAAAUGGUUGUAGAUUAGGAUUAUAUGAACCUAGCAGAUAUUAUCUAACUAAAUUUCUUACACCACAAAAUUUCCAAGAUGGUCAUAGUAUACCGCAGAAUUUAAUUAUUAAUGUUUCAUCUGGAUUUAUUUCUGGAUCAGCUGGAGCUAUAUUAGGAUCUCCAUUCUUUUUAAUUAAGACUAGAAUGCAAUCAUAUACUAAAGCAGCUUCAGAAGCUGCACAUCAUGUAGGACAACAAACAUAUUAUAAAGGAGUAUGGGAUGGAUUAAGUCAAGUAUAUAAAUCUGAAGGUAUUAAAGGAUUAUAUAGAGGAGUUGAUGCUGCAGUAUUAAGAACAGGAGCUGGAUCAUCAGCUCAAUUACCAGUAUAUACUUAUACUAAGAAUUUUCUUUUAAAACAUAACAUUGUCGAUGAAAAUAGUUUAUUAUUACAUUUUAUUUCUUCAUCAAUGGCAGGAUUAGGAGUUGCUAUUGUUAUGAAUCCAUGGGAUGUAAUAUUAACUAGAGUUUAUAAUCAAAAGGGAAAUUUAUAUAAGGGACCUAUUGAUUGUUUUCAAAAGACUCUUCGAUAUGAAGGUCCUAAAGCUUUCUACAAAGGUUUUUGGGCUCAAUUGUUUAGAAUAGGACCUCAUUCUAUCUUAACCUUAAUGUUUAUGGAACAAUGUAUGAAGGUUAUGGUUAAGAUUGAACAUAGGUUGAAGGCAUAACUUUUUUUUUUUAGAUUUAUAGAGUAUUGUACAAAUUUAUUUAGUAUUCGCACUAAGUAAGGCACUACUACUCUUUCCUAGCCCGGUUUUCCUGCACACACAAGUGGCAAACUAGCAGCGCAGUGAGAAUUUUUUAGAGCCUUACGAAAGACAAACACAAUUCCGUUUCACCACUCCACUAACG